AUGAGCUCCGAACUGACAGGCUUCCCAUCCUUGCAGCCGGCCCUCAUCUGCAAGAUUAACGUUGGUGAAGGAAACCCUAUUGGCGACGUCUCGACAGGCCCCCGGUUCAUUCAUUUCCAAACCCCCAGCGGCACCAUCAAAAGCGUAUCGGGCUUCAAGCCCGAAAUCGACUCUGAUGUGGUCUUUGGCGGAGACUGGCUCUACUUCGACCCGGACAAGUCUCGUGCCCGUGUGAAUUUCAAGGGCAUUGCCAAGACGAAAGAAGGUGUCCCCUUCUCCUUCUACUACAGUGGCAUCGUCACAGUCAACGAAGACAUCGCCAAGAUUUUCUCCUACAGCCCCGACGCAAAGACCAUUCCAUUUGGUAACUCGACAACUAUCCAUACCUUUGAGACGGGGACCCCUGAGUUGAAAGAGCUGGAAAACUCCCACUGGAUGGGUAAUGGGCGGUUUGUCCUUGGGGAGAACGGCCUGACGGUUGAGAGUCGGGUGUCGAAGGUUGUCCCUAGCACGGCCAUGGACUAG